UCCGGCAACUUAUUUUCCUCAAGUAACGCUAUCUAGUCAAAGCAUAACUGCAUGUACGGCGCAAUCAAAGAGUGGAUAGACAAAUUGCGCAUAAUAACACAGAGAGGUGCCAUUCCUGCUCUACCAACAAAAAAGGCCGUUCAUGAAUAUCUAGCCAAAGUUGCUGCAUGAUAAUAAUUGAAUAUAGAACAUCUUUGUUCAUGUUCCUUUCUGUAUUAAGUUGUUAAUGUAGUUUUUGGGUUUGUUUCCAUGGUAAGUUGUAUAUGAGCUGUUGGCUCUUUUUUUGUCUGUGUACCGCACAUAUGGUGUGUGCUUGACCAUAUUUGCACUCAAUCUUUAAGUGCCGUGGACGUUUGAUAUAUCAAUAGUAAAGGGUGUUCUUUCUU